UCUAUCAUAUAAUCUAUGCUUAUUGUACCAUGUGUUAUACACAUAUAAUACACAUUAACGUUAUUGACAGUGACACUGACAUUUUAUUUAAACGUCAUUUUUGUGUUGCUGAAGUGGAAUUUCAAAGUGUAUUGAUUUUUCAUUUCCCGAUCCCAAUUUAAAAUUCUGCUUUCAGUGUUAUGAACUAACUAACAAUGCAAUUCAUGUUUCAAGGACGAAUUCAUUUAAAUAGUACGCAAUUAUGAACGAAGAAGACAAACAGGCGCUCAUCCAAAGAUUUAAUAUAAAGAUUGGAGAUGAUAUUAAUAACUUGGCUAACGCAUAUGAAUUAGAAAAUGAAUAUGUAGAAAAGCGCGACAAAUUACAAAACUCUCUUCAAGCAAAAAAUACUGAAGUCCCCACUAAAGUAAAAUCAUCAAUAGAUAAAGCAAAGAAAAAACCUGCUCAAAUAGCAGAGCUCAAAGAGAAAAAUGAAAAGUUGCAGAACAAACUAGACCAGUUUCUGGUGAAAACUGAGCCUCUGCGUGAUGAACUGAACAAAAGGUUUGCCGCUAUCAAUAAACUAGUGAAGGUCCAGUCAUAUUUGAAGACUUAUAUAGAAGUAGAAGAUUUGUGCCGUCAAUUGUCCAACUGUAAUGAAGAUGAGCAGAGUGUGCUGCUCUUUGGAGCACUUAAAGAGCUGUGCUUACAAUACCAGGAUGGUCACAGAGGGAGUUAUUUCAAGGAAUACACACACUACUGGCAUAAUAUACUCAAGGAUAAAUUGACUAAACAAUAUGAAGAUGUAUUAAAGUUGCUGAAAUGGCCAGUAGUAAUGCGACCCGACAUGUCACCUUUGCCUAAAGAUGUGAUGGUCAAGUUCCAUAAUCUGACAAAGUUCUUAUUCCUUAUUGAAGAACCCGAUGAUGAACAAGCCAGAAUACAGUCAGGGGAUUUCAGUUUAGCAGAAAAUCCCUGUUUACCUGUAAAAGUCCUACUACGGCCACUGAAGAAAAGAUUUACAUUCCACUUCACUGGGUCUCGGCAGACCGCACGCAUUGACCGCCCAGAAUGGUUUCUCACUCAGACACUCACUUGGAUCAAGGAUCAUCAGGGCUUUGUGAGGACACAUGUACAGCCAGUUGCUGACAAACUGCAAUUGAGGCAUGUUCGGACUGUUGACGAGUUCAACGCCGGUCUCAUCUCUUUCGCUGCGGAAAGACUUCACACCGUCCUUGGCAUGUAUAACGCACACGGAGUCAAGGAAAAACGCGCGGAUAUGGAUGCGGCUUUCGCGCACGCUGUGGACGAGGCUUUAGGCUUCCACCGUGAACUGGUGCUUAUAACAGGGCAUGAGGUUAACAGCGUGCUAUCAGUGCUGACGAAAGCGGAGAUCUUUGUCAGAUGGCUGUCGGUUGAAAAGAAAUAUGCCUUAUCAAAAAUGGACGAGACGAUAGACACCGAGUCAUGGAUCGAGCCCGUGGCCGGCGGCAUGGGUUCCGCGGUAGGGUCCGUGCUGUGGGUGCCGCGGGGCGCUGAUUGGUUCAUGUCGCUGUUGAAAACCAUAGAGGACCGGUACGCUGUGUUGCCGCAGCCUGGACACCGGCUUCAGUUUCUCGAACUACAACUCGAGCUGGUCGAGGAGUGGCGCGUGCGGCUGACGCAGCUGCUGAGCGCGGCGCUGGGCGUGCUGCCGCCGGCCGCCUUCCUGGCCGGCGCCGGGCCGGACCCCGUCACCGCCGUCGUGAACGCGGCGCACCACGCCCGCACCGGCCUGCUGCAGUGGGCGCACUGUCUGCACUACCUCCAACUGCACUACUACCGUCGCCAGUUCCAACAUUUCACACAGCAACAACACCAUGAUGAGUCCGGAUCGGCAUCCAGCUCCGAUGCAGAAUCUGACGAAUCUGACUCGGAUGGUGAUGACGAAAAAGAAAAAACAGAUGAUGACGCUUUGUCACUGAAGGAUGUGGAGCAGAAGGCGAAAAACCAAGCUAUUGAUGAAGUGAUGCGUCGCAAUUCCAUGUUACCUGAACUUAGCCAGUUUGAUAUCACAUCACCAAUAGCAAACUUGGCCGUAACGGAGCCGCUAUCCAACGACGAUUCUGAAGAAGCAGGCGUGUUUGCUGAAGCGCCGGCAUUACUAGCGCGUUUGCGUGAUGCCGGACUUACUGCUCUCGCCGAACAUGCUCUGCUUGAGUUCCGCGCCGCCAUGCGAGACUAUAGGAGACAGAAAUGGCACGCGAUGUUGGUAGUGGAAGAGAUAGCGCUCUGCGUAUCAACGCCUCUGUGCGCGCCGCUGUCCGCGCUCUGCACGCGCAUGAACAACGCCACGGCCAAACUGGCCCCUGUCCUGGCCGUGAGGUUCAGAAGCUUCCUGGCUGAAAGCGUGGACCAGUAUAUCUUCGAGGAGGUGGUGCUGGAAAGCUGGUUCAACACGGGCGGCACAAUCCAGUUCACGCACGACGUGAAGCGUAACCUCGUGCCUGCCUUCGCGCCGCCUAAUAAGAGCGCGUCGCAGACCAACCUACUACCUAAGCUGCUAGAAUCGUGCGUACUCCUAAACAUGGAGUACGACGAGGCGCGGCGCCUGCGCUCCGUGCUGCGCGCGCAGCCGGGCGCGGGCGCGGGCGCGGGCGCGGCGGCGCUGCGCGCGCGCGGCGUGCGGCACGUGGCGGCGCCGCGUGCGCUGCGCGUGCUCGACCAGCGCACCGACCUCGGCGACGCGCCGCAGCGCUCCGUCAUGGACCUCUUCUGAGGGUACGAGGGGGGAGGGCUUUAAGUUGGCGUGUGUUUGGUGCCUGUCAUACCGCUUCGUUUGGUUAUUGUUAUUACAAUUUACAUCAUGUCGUUGUCAAAAUAUCUUAACUUCUUGUACCAAUAAAUGAAUUCAGCUGUGCACAACAAAGUAACUACAAAAAUGUUAAUCAUUAGUGGUUUUAAUGAUGACUUGAUUGAAAGCGUAUCUAAUUGAUUUGUAAAGCGAGCGAAUACCUUACUAGAUUAGUAGUUAAUUAUGAUAUUUAACAAUACUCAUUAGCCAAUGCUGGCUAACUAUCACUACUAUAACAUACCUCCAUCGCUUCAUAGAGGUAUACCUAAACUUCAGUAUAUCCAGUAUUUGUUAUAGUUGGGGUAACUUAAGAAUUGAUUUUUGACACGUCUGAGUUUACUCUUAUCUUAUACAUAUUACCUAUAUCAAGCUAUGAGGUAAACGGUAGGUUUUGACUUCUUAUAUUUAAGGGCCAAUUCAUUACUCAAAAAUUAAUUCUUACGUUGCUCCGACUACAAUUACCUAGUGACUUUUGACUGAUUAGCAACGUUCUAAAAACAUUCCAAUGUAAUAUUAUCUAAAAUUCAAGUUCAAUAAUAAUUGGUUUUUAGUUUUAAAUGUAUGAAAAUGAAGCGGUAUAACUAAAUAGGCAUCACAUUGAUGGUGUGUUAAAAUAGUUGGGAAGCUGAUAGGCGUAGCUGAUCGGCGGCAAUCGUAACUUUUGUUUUCUUUAGUAAUAAAACAAAACUAUUUUAGAGACAAACAUAGGCUGAAAUAAACUAUUGGUUUGAAAUAAGGCUAAAUGUGCCAAUUACUAAAGGAGUGCUGAUAACGUGAGUUUUUCAUACCACUAUCUAAUAAUAACAAUUAAAUACAAAUGAUAAUAAAAACAAGUUCUAGGUCACUAGUGGCAACUAGGGAACUAUUAGCUUGCAUUUGUAUUAAAAUCUUAGAAAUUACAUUCAUUAAUUCUAGAUAUUAAACGCUCUUAAUUUUAUGGCUUUGUGUAGAAUUUCGCGUGGAAUAAAUAUAGCUUGUGCGAAAACUACCAGUAAUAUUUAGAGCAAAAUAUCACGCAUGACUAGUACAUCAAAACCCCGAAUAUAAUAUAAUAGUAUUCAACUCAUGAUGGAGUGUAUCUUUGCCUGAUUUUAUAAUCGUACUUUUGUAUUUAAAUAAAUGUAACCUUCAAAAUUAAGCCUUAUGUGGCUUCAUAUAAAGAUCAUUAGAUUACUGUUAAUAUCAGUACGCCACUUUAUAUUAUUUUGAAAGCAGCCGCCGACACAAGCUGUAGGAGUCGUGAACGACAUAUAUGGAAAGUUUUAAUAUAUUUUUGCUACUCAAUUUUUAAACGAGUGUAAUUUGAAAAAUUACGAAAUUUUAUAGAUAUGUUAUAUUUUUUCUUAAAUUUUAUAUUUAGUUAUUUAUUGAAGAAUUGAUUCGAUCGUUAAUGUUUGAUGACUGAAGGAAUGAAGCCUCCCUCUUGUAUGUGAAUGUUAAAUGUUUAAUCAACUCCUUGGAUGUCAAAUAACGUUAAUUGUCGUCUUCAAUGUUAGAUCUUAUUGCACCUACCGUUCUAAUCUUUUUCUAGCUAAACAAUAUAUAUAUUUUAACAACUUUCGAUGUACACUAAUAAAUGACAUGAAAUGUGCGUA